UUUUCAAGUUGUUAGUUGUUAAAAUUUGUGAAGACUUUUCUUAGCUGCAGUUGCACAUUUUAUUAUUUAAAAUGUUGAGGCAAUAUAUUCGUCCUUUUAUCAGCGUAUGUAACUUAUAUCAAAAGACACUUAUUACGAGGAAUUUAAGCAUUACACCAUGUCUGUUAAACAAUGAAAAUGAAGAGAAGGGUCAGAUAAAGAAUGUCACAAUAGUAGGUGCAGGUAUUAUGGGUGCUGGAAUAGCACAAGUGGCGGCACAGAAUGAUUUUAGUGUCACCAUUGCUGAUGUUGAGGAUGAGUACCUCCAAAAAUGCAUGGUGAUAAUAAGAAAAUCUUUGGACAGAAUAACAAAAAAAAAGUUUCCUAGUGAGCCCAAGGGUUCUUCAAAAUUUAUUGAUGAUACAAUGAGUAAAAUUGCCACAAUGCAAGAUCCCGGCAAAGCUGCAAUAGGUGCAGACCUUGUCAUUGAGGCAAUUACGGAAAAUACAUCAAUUAAGCACUCACUGUACCGUGUCUUGGAUGAAGCUGCUCCAGAAAAGUGUAUUUUUGCCUCAAAUACAUCAUCAUUAUCAAUUUCAGAUAUUGCAAAAGCUACUUCAAGAAAAGAUAGAUUUGGUGGACUUCAUUUUUUUAACCCUGUACCUAUGAUGAAACUUGUUGAAGUUAUAAAAGCAGAUGAAACAUCCCAACAGACAUUUGAUGCUUUGUUUCAAUUUGGAAAAGAUCUUGGCAAAACACCUGUUUCGUGUCAUGAUACACCAGGAUUUAUUGUUAAUCGUUUGUUGGUCCCCUACAUGAUGGAAGCAAUACGAUUCGUUGAACGUGGACAUGCUACGGCAAAAGAUAUUGACACUGCCAUGAAAUUAGGAGCUGGUUAUCCAAUGGGUCCCUUUGAACUGGCUGAUUAUGUUGGAUUGGACACAACAAAGUUUAUCAUUGAUGGUUGGCAUGCGAAGGAACCUGAAAAUGCCCUCUUUAAUCCAAGUCAAACUUUAAAUAAGUUAGUUGCUGAAGGAAAAUUUGGAAGGAAGAAUGGAGAAGGAUUUUAUAAGUAUAGCAAUGGGAAGUAAAUACACUCUUCCAGAAAACUUUGAUGUGCCUUUUUUGAUUAAAUAUAUUUUUUGAUUCUCGUGUUUA